AAUUUACAAUAAUUUUUUUUUUAAAAAUAACAUUUAUUUUAUCAUUUAUUUGUUCUUUAAAGUGUAGUAUUUAAUUCAUUAAUAUUAUUAAUAUUUAAUUAAAAAUGGCUGAUGAUGAUCCGUGGUUGUUAAAAGAAGAUGGUUAUCUUAAUGUUGAUACUGAGUGUAAAAAUAUUGUAUAUCAUCCAAAUUUAAACGUUUUACUAAUCACAACUGGCAAUGGCCAAGUUUACGUUUUUGAUGUUAAUUUUGGUGUGAUACUUCAACGCAGUUGUCUAUCAGGUAAACCAGAUGGUAAAUUACAGGGUAUAUAUCUUGCUGAAGGUGUUGAUAAAGUAUUGUACACUGAUGGCCAUGGAAUUGGUGUACGUAGUGAUUACAAUGGUGUAUUAUUACUUGACACAAUAUUACAAACACCAGUAUCAAGAAGUGAAGAUAUAAUAAAACUAGAAUUAUUAUUAUCAGAAGCAUUAUUAUUAGAUCAGUGUUUACGUAGUAUUGACUUACCUGGUGUUGAUCAAGUACAAGAUGUACUUCAUGAACUUUGGAAUAAAAUACAUGCUGCACAAUCAAUACACAAAAAAGGAAUUAAAGCACAAAAAUGGAAUACAAUAUGUCUUGAAUUACCACAUGGAGUAUUAAAGCUAGUAUGUUCAGGACUUGUUACGGAAUUGAAACGUCAAAAUAAACAUAUACCAGCAUUACCAAUAGCAUCAGCAAUCAACGAAAGAUUAAACGGCCUACUUCCAAGUUUAAUAUCCGAUGGUGGUCCAGCAGAUAAAGUAUUGAUGUUUAGUGAAGCAGCAAGACACAAAACAUUUUCAAAAUGGCCACAUAUGAAUUACAAAUGGGCAUUGCCCGGUCAAAUGGCACAAGCUGGUUUUUAUCAUGAGCCAAAUACAACUGCUGAGGAUCGUGCAAUGUGUUUUACAUGUAAUGUUUGUCUUGUAUGCUGGGAACCAACAGAUGAACCAUGGUCAGAGCAUGAACGUCAUUCACCAUCAUGUCCAUUUUUAAAAGGUGAAUACACUCAAAAUGUACCAUUAUCAGUAACACUUGCAACAGCACCAGCAUGUAAAACAACUGAUAAUAUUGAAAUAAUUGGAACAACAAAUUAUCCUGGUUUAACUGGUACAGCAUCAAAUAAUGGUCUUAUUAAUAUAUGGGAUAUUACAAAUCAAUUAAAAAAUGAAAUAUCAUUUUAUAUUGUAAUGUGUAAUCAAAAUAAUAAUGAUGAUAAUGAGGAUAAUGAUGAAGAUGAAGAUGAUGAUAAUAGUACUACAAAUAAUAUUAAUAAUAAUAAAAAUAAUAAAAAAAUACAAUUUUAUGCAUCAAAAAAUUUAUCAACAUCAUAUUUAUCACGUAUUAGUCCAAAUAAAACAACAUUAACAACAAAUGAUUAUAAAAAUAAUCAUAAUAAUAUAAAUUUAACAACAUUAUCAAUUGUUGGUGGUCCAAAAAUUAAAAUUGAUGAUAUUAAAAAUAAUAUUAAUAAUUGUGGUAGUACAACAAGUCUUGUAACACAAAUUGAAAGUACAGAUACAAGUGUUAGACCAUGUUUAAUAUGUGGUUUAACAAUUAAUUAUAAUAAUUCAACAACAACAUCAUCAACAUCAACAUCAAGUUCAACGUCAUCAUCAUCAACAACAACAACAUCAACAGCAGCAACAACAACAUCAUCAACAACAAAUAAUAAUAUACGUAAACUAGAUAAUGUAUGGUCAUCAACAACUGAUUUAGCACAAUCAUCAUCAUCGUCAUCAUCAUCAUUAGUACGUGCAAUGAAUAAUGUUAAUAAUGCAACAAGUGAUAGUUUAGAUAUAAUGAAAGUUGCUAUUGAUGAAAAUAAAAAUAAUAAUAUAAAUAAUAAUAUAAUAUCACAUUAUUUAAUAAUAUAUGAUAUACAUCAUAAUAAAAUAAUUAAAAAAACAAACAAAGAUGAUAAAUUAAAAAAUAUAAAAAGUAAAAAAACAUUAUCUGGUACUGGUACAAGUGCUAGUUCAACUGGUGGUAGACAAGAAAGUUUAUAUCAAGAAUUAUAUAUGAAUAAAUUAUUAUAUGAAGCACCAGUUAUUGAAGAUGUUGAUGCUGAAAUGGUUGUUGGUACACAUUUUGAUAAUAUGUUAACUAGUAGUGGUUUAACAGCAUCAUCAUCAAAUUCAUUAUAUUCAACAUCAUUUGUUGGUAUGAAUGUUGUUGUACCACCAUCAUCAACAAAUCCAUAUGAUACAUUAUUUAAUCCAAUUAAUUAUGAACAAUAUCCAUCAACAUCUGAAUUAACAUCAACAACUAUCAACAAUAAUAAUCAUAAUAUUAAUAACAACAAUAAUAAUGAUAAAAAAGUAAUUGAUGUAAUUAAAGAUGAUCCAGUUGUAUUACAAACAAUAUGUAUUGAAGGACAUUCAUCAUUAAAAAUAACACACACUGAAACAACUAAAGAUGGUAAACAUUUUUAUGUUGUAUUAUCAUCACCAAUUAAUACAACAACAACCACAUCGACAACAACAACAACAGUGACAGAAGCAACAGAAGAAAUAGCAGCUUCAACAGCAACAGUAGCAAAUGAUGCAGCAUCAUCAUCAUCACCACCACCAUCGUCGUCGUCGUCAAUAAUAAAUACAAAUAAAAUGGAUAUUGAUGAUGAAAAUAGUGAAAGUUAUUUACAAAAAAGUUACAUGUACUGGUAUCAAGAUGACGGAUCAUCAGUUGAUAAUAAAAUUAUAAAUAAUGAUGAUAAUAAUGAUGAUGAUAGUAAUAACAACAAAAAUUCAUUAUUAUUAAUAUAUAAAUUUGAUUUUACUGAUAAAGUACCAAAAUUAAUAGCUGAUCCAAUUGUUAAAAGAGAAUUAACAUAUAAUCAAACACCAGUACAAAAUAUAUUAUUACCAUUACAAGAUAAAAAUAAUAUAAAUGAUUGUAUUUUAAAUGAUGAACCAAAAGGACAAGUUGCAAUUGUUUGUCGUGAUGGUAUUGUACGUAUUAUUGAAUUAAAAACAUUAAAAAUAAUAAAUGAAGCACAUGGUAGUACAGAUGAUGAAAAAUUUAUAUCAGCAGCAUAUUGUAAUCGUCUUGAAAGAUUAUGUGCAUGUACAAUAAAUGGUGGUUUAAGAUUUUUUGCAACAAAUGAAGAGGAUGAUUCAACUGAAGAAAAUGAUGAUAAUGAUGAUAUUAAUAUGAUGAUAACUGAUUCAAUAAUGAGUAGUGAAAAUAUUGCACCAAGUACAUCAACAUCAUCUGUAUCAUAUCAAGAGCCAAUAAUAGCACUACGACAAACAUUAACAUACAAUGAUUUAAAAUGUCUUUAUGAUUUAACAAAAUUUGAUAAACAUUCACCAAUAUAUAAUGCAACAGUACCACCAUGUUGGAGUGAAAUGAUGCAAGGACAAAGACAACGUAGAUAUCCACAACAUUUACAUCAAACUGAGGAUCAACAUCAUACAAGAACUUGGCGUUUACAAAAUGAUGCAACAACAUGGGAUGAACAUAUAUUUGAAUUAACAUUACCUAAAAAUAUUGCUGGUAGUAUUGGACAUGUUGAUGUUAGAUUUACUCUUCAUUCACCAUGUACUGAAUCACCAUCAAUACAAGUUACAUUGUUAAAACAAAAUAUAACUGGUCUUGGUCAUCAUAAAUCAACAUUAACACCUGUUGAUGAAAGAAUACAAUUUAAUAUUAAUAAUGAACAACAACAACAACAGCAUCAACAUCAACAUCACCAACACCAGCAACAUCAUCAACAUCAACAUGUAAAAAAUGAUAAUCCAGUUAUUAGUGAAGGUUAUCAACGUCAAAAUAAUACUGAAAUAUUAUGUGGUCCAAUAAAUUUAAAACGUUGUAUGGAUUUAUCUGAUAAUUCUGGUUGUGUUACAUUAACAAGUCCAAAAUUAUUUAAAGCAAAAGCAGCAACAUUAUUAGUACAUAUUAAAGCACUUAUUGAUCCAACAAAAGAUGUUAAUACUAAAACACGUAUUAAUUUACUUGAAACAAAACCACCAACAUCUAAAAAAUUACGUAUUGAUGAUUCUGGACCAUAUAUACCUGGUGCAGCUAUUGAAAGACUUGCUGCAAGUGCUAAUAAAAAAUUAGAUUAUUAUAUUGGUUGUGAUUGGAUACAUGAAAUAUCAAUAACAGUUAGAUCAGUACAAUCAACAACAAUACAAAAUGAAAAAAUUCAACGUUUAACAAUGCUUGAUUCAUUAUUAUUUACUGAUAAUUUAUUAAAUAUUGCAUGUUUUGAAACAUCAGAUAAAUCAUUAGUUGUACAAUCAUUAUCACUUGAUAUAUUAAUAUGGAUAACAUCAAUAAGACUUGCUAGAUUACGUAUUGGACAAAAUAAUAAUGAUGUUAUAACAUUACAACUUGAUACAAUUAAAUGUAUACAAGAACGUUUAAAAAAUUUAUUACGUACAUGUAUAUUAAAUGGUGGUAGAAGUAUUGCACAUAAAUGUGUUAAAUUAAUAUUAAUAUGUAGUGAAGGUAUACGUAAUUUAGAUGAUAAUAAUUAUCAUACAUUUGAUGAAAAUGUAUUGUCUGUUAUUGUAACAUUAUUACCACAAAUUAUUGGUAUACAAUGGGCUGGUUCAUUACGUUGGUUAUCAGUAUUAAUAACACGUUUAUUACCACUUGAUAAAAAUCAUAAUGUUGCACAACAAUGUAUUAUAAUAUUACAACAAAUUGCAAGUGAAAUGUCAAAUCGUGUUAAUCCAUAUCAUUUAUUACUUGCAACAAGAUUUGGCUUGUAUAAUAAUUCAUUUGAUACGGAAUUAUUUGAUAUUGAACCACCAAUACCACCAAAAUCAACAUCAUCACCAUUGACAUAUGCAUCUGUUGUUACUGGUGAACAAACAACUGUAUCAUCUGUUACUGGUAAUUGUUUAUAUACACAGGAUCAUAUUGAUCUUCGUGAUCUUUUAACAUUACCAAAUAAUCCAAACAGUGAACUUGUACUUCCAAGUAAAUUAAAAACACUGUGUUCAACUUUUCCUAUGAAGGGUCUUCUUGAGGUUGAACCAUUACAUUUUACUUGUCAUGCUGCAUCUGAUGGUACCAAAAUGGAAAAAAUUGAUUCUGGUCUUAAUACAAUUAAUCUUGGUACAAUUUAUGAUAGCACUGUUACAAUAAACAACAGUGGAGCUGAUUUAAAAAAUGUCCAACCAAAUUACACAAUGGAUGCCGGAUCGUUAGGGCCAGAUCUACACUCAACAUACAAACAGAAUUUAAAGAUACUACAAAGUCAUCUUAACAGUCAAUUGUCAAAGAAUUCAACAACAUCACAACUAUCAUCAUUGACACCUGAUGAUUUAUCUGACAGUGAUGAUAUUAAUAAUAUUGUCAAUGAUAAUACAAUAUGGCUUGGUGGAGAUAAAAAUUAUACAACAAAUUCCCAUGUAUUUACAAUAAAUAAUACAAAAGAUAAAUCAACCGCGUCAACUAAUCAUACAUCAACAUCAACAAAAAUUGAUGAUUGUCAUAACAAUAAAAAGAAAGAAGAAGUGGUAUUUCCAUGGGGAAGAUUGCUGAGUACACCAUCACAACAAGCACUUGUUGUUGAACGAAUGCAUUCUGGUGCUCGUCGUUUUGUAACACUUGAUUUUGGUUCACCAAUACUUCUGACUGAUUUAAUAAUACCAUCAUGCAGUGAUCUAGUGUCAUUGUCAAUAGACAUAUGGACAAGAAGUGAAGAAAGUGAUGGUACACGUUUAGUUGUUGCUGGUGAUAUUGGAACAAAACCCCUGGUUGUUAAUGAUCUUCAACCACCACCAGUAUGUAGAUAUCUUAAAAUAACAACAAUUGGUCGUUAUGGAAUGACAACAACAAGAUGUAAAAUACCACUUGGUAUGUUUUAUGGACAUAUGUUUGUAUUACCCGGUGAGGAUUAUUCUGAAACAACAACAACAACAAAUGAUGCUAUUAAUUCAGAUGAUGGACAAUAUGAUGCAAAUAUGUUAUCAAUAAUUGAAUCACAAUGUAAUAUAUUAUCAGCAUUAGCUGAGGAUGUACAGUGUAGAUUUAGUCUUGCAACUGAAAGAUUAAAAUCACUUCUUGAUCCAUUAUUAUGUACUGAAACACCAAAUGUCAUGCAUAUGCAAUACUAUCUUUGUCGUGGUAAAAAUAUAAAUGAUAAUAAUAACAGUAGUAAUAAUAAUAACAAAGAACAACCAUCAAAUAAAAUAUUAUCAACAUAUCAUGAAUGUAUUAUGUUUCAACAUCAAUUGAAUAUUGUACGUGGUGUAUGGAGACGUUUAGAAUCAUGGAAAAGUCCACAAUUAAUAUCAUCAACACAAUUGACAAGUGUAUCAAGUGAUAAAUUACGUGUAUUAGGUGAAACAUUAUCAGAUAUAUUGUUAUAUACAAUGUAUGAAAUUGGACCAGUACCACCAGUACCAAUGUCAUUGUGUGAUAUAUUUACACCACAAAUAUGUGAACAAUUUUUUCAUUCAGUUUGUGUUGUAACACCAGCACCACGUUUACAAUUACAUGCUGCUGUAUUAUUAGCAAGAGUUGCUGGUCAUCAACCAUGGUGGGGUAAUUUCUUGGCAAAUACAAUUGUUAAUUUAUAUUCAACAUCGUCAACUUAUAUAUUUCCACAAGAUCGUGUAUUUAUAUUGUUAACAUUUCUCGGUAGAAAAUCAUUAAUUGCUGGUAAUAAUAAAUCAUCAGUUAUUGAUGCAAUGGUUAAAACACUUGAACGUUUAUUAUCACCAUUAUUAACAAUAGAACAAAAUACAAAUUCAUCACAACUUGAUAUAACAUUAAUUGGUUGGAUAUUAUUAUUUUUAUCAAUAUGUUUAGAUACAACAGCAACAAAUUUAACAUGUUCAGAUGAUAAUAAUGAUAAUAAAAAUAAAGAUACAAAUAUAUCAUCACGUUGGGAAUUUUUACAAGGUGAAUCAGCAAUGCAAAGAAAAUAUGUUACAGCAAAUCGUACAUCAGCAUCACGUAGUUAUCGUAAAAAAUUACAAAAACGUUUAAUGCAUCAUAAACAACAAUUACAUGAUAUUGAACAAGGUAAAAAAAGUGGUUUAAAUUCACCACAAAUAAUAGCAACAUGGUCAUCAACAGUACCACAAAAUCCAACAAUAUUUUCAACAAAAUUAGAAGUAUUAAAAACACAUGAAAGAAAUUUUAAAAAAACAUUAAAACAACAUUCAGCAUUUAAACAUUUUAAAGAUACUGUAAGACGUCCAGAAACACAAUAUUUAUCAAGAAGUAAUCGUAAUCAAUUAUUAACAAAUACAUCAUCAACAUCAACAUCAUCAUCAUCACGUAUUGAUACAUCUGAUAAUGAUAAUGAUUAUAUGACAAAUUUAUCACAACAAUAUGUAUUACCAGUUGCACGUGGAUUGGUAACAUUAAUAUUAAAAAAUUCAGCAAAUGUUGAUAUGUUUUUAUUGGCAUGUAAAGUUGUUGCAAGACUUGUUGUAUCAACAAGACCAAUAAUAACACUAGGUGAAUUAAUGAGUGAAGAACAAUUAUUUAAAUUAAUUAAAUUAGCAACUGGUAGCACUGAUGCAGCAUGGUCAUCACAUGCAAUAUCAUGUUUAUUACAAGAUUUAUUAGAAGGUGGUAGAUUAUUUUCAAAAUCAUCAUCAACAUCAACAUCAUCAACAGCAACAGGAACAGCAACAGGAACAUCAACAUCAACAACAUUAAUACAAAAUACAAAUGAUGGUUUAUUUGAAAAUUUAGAAUUAGAAGAAACACAAAUUAUUAGUGAUAGUGAUUUAAAUUUAAUUGCUGGUACAAGUAAUAAUACAAGUGGUAGUGUUGGUGUUAGUGUUAGUGCUAAUAAUAAUAAUGGUAAUCCAUCAAAUGUGGUAACAAGUGGUAUUAAUGAUGAAGGUUUUGCUGAGGGUGAAGGUGAUGAAGAUACACAAGAUAGUAUUACAAUACAACAACCAACAGCAUCAACAUCAAAAUCAAAUGGUUUUGAUUUACCAUCAUUACUUGAAUCAGAUGACAGUGAACUUGAUGAAUUUCUUGAUGAUAUUUUAGAGAGUGGUAAAAAUAUGCUUAAAGCUGGCAAAUUAUUACAAAAAAUACCAUCAUCAUCAAGUUCAGGUAUAUCAUUGGCACUUGAUGCUAGACUUGAGUAUGGAGUUGAAAUGGGAGUUGAAAUUGCUGUUAGAAGAUAUUCAACACUUGGUGCAUAUAAUCUUCCAUUAAGUAUAAAUGCAACAAUACAAAUGCCAUCAACAUCAUCAACAGCAUCUUCAGCAUCAACAGCAACAGCAUCAUCAUCAGCAAGAAAUUCAACAUGGACAGAUAUGAGAAUGAAUAAUGAUCAAUUACCAUCAAGUGUUGCAAUGUUAACACGUUGUUUUGAUAAAAUAUUUACUGAUUUAACAUUACAAAAUUCAGGUACAAGUUUAGAGCUUGUAUUACAAUUAUGGUUAACACUUAAUUUAGAUUCAUCAAUUGAACAAUGUACAUCAUCAACAAAUUCAUCAUCAAAUCAAUUUGAUCCAUCAUUAAUACCAAUAAUACCAUUAAGUUCAACAGCAAUAUCUGGUUUAAUAUCAGCAUUAUUAUGGAAUCCAGGUGUAUCAUUAAGAGCAUGGUGUUUAGCAUUACAAACAUUAACUGUUGCUAGUAAUGAACCAAUGCCAAAUGAUCAUAUUGAUCCAAGUAUAAGUACACCACUUGAUGGUUUAUUAGGUGGUAUGGCUAGUUGUAUUGUUAAAGAUCGUAAUAUGGGAUCAAUGUUAUUAAAAUUAUUAUCUGGUAAUGGUUUAAAUGUUGAAUCAAGUGAUAAACAAUAUAUGAUGGCUGGUCCAAGAGUUGGUUUAGCAUUACAAGAUUUUCUUGUACGUCUUGAAAUGCGUUGUGAUGUUAUAACACCAGGUAGUAUACUUGGUAAUUCAUUAAAAGAAUUAUUACUAUGGGUUGUUUAUCAACUUGUACAACCAGGUGGUGCAUUAGUUGCACGUCGUGGUCCACUUGAUGCACAAUGUAUAUUAAUAACAUCAUUAAUUAAUCUUAAUUUUAUAAAUACUGAUCUUGGUACAGCAAUGAGUAUAACUGAAUGUGUUGGUUCAAUUGUAUCAAAUUAUAUACGUGGUGCAAGAGUUGGAGCACAAUGUACUGGUGCUGUUGAUAAUAAUACAAAUCAAACAAGUGGUUUUGGUAGUUUAUAUGCAUCUGUAUUAGGUGGUGCUGGUUGUAGUAGUAAUAGCAGUAAUUGUAAUAAUAAUAAUAGUAAUAUUAUUAAUAGUACAAGACAAGGUAGACCAACAUCAUGGGAUACACUUGUUGUUGCACUUAUUAAAUUAGUAUGUCGUCUUGUACAAACACCAUUACCAAAUUUAAGAACAUCAAGAAUUAUUGAUAAUACAAUUGAUAUGGAAACAAAUGAUUCAUCAUUAAGAUUGCACAAUACAAUAACAACACCAAUAGCAUCAACGUCAACAUCAUCAUCAACAUCAUCAACAAUAAAUAUAACAUCACAAACAGAUGAGAGUAAAGUUGCUGAACAACAAAAUACAACAAUGAUUGGUGGUAAUAUUAAUCGUGGAACAAUAAUAAAACCAAAAUAUCCAUGUGUUGCUGAUACAGUAUUACAACAUGAACCAACAAUGAUGAGAUUACUUGGUGCACUUGGUUAUAGUAAUGGUUCAUCAUUUGCAAUGUUUUUUAAUGAUGAAACAAUUGGUGGUGGUAUUGGUGGUAGUAGUACAACAUGUACAUCUGAACUUAAUGAACCAGCAUCAAUAUCAGAUGCAACAUUUCAAUUAUUAACAACUCUUAUGAAAAAAGCAACAAAUCCAACAUUAAUUAUAAAUCCAUUGUAUCGUUAUUUAUCAUCAUCAAAUGAACAAACAGGCACAAAUAGACAUAUGGGUGUUAUGCAAUUAUCUGAAUCAUUAUUAUGGUAUAUAUUAAAAGUAUUAGAUAAUGAAGCAUCAUUAAGUGUAUUUACAACAAUGGGUGGUGUUAAAGUAUUAUGUGAAAAUAUGGUUAAAUCAAGUACAAGUUGUAAUAAUAAUAAUGGUGUAUCAACACCAGGUGUUAUUGCAUUGGUAAUGCAACAUUUAUCAAAUUCAUCAAAUUUAACAACAGCAUCAGCAAUAUCAACGUCAAAUAAAAAAACAACAACAUCAACAACAGCAUCAACAUCAACAGCAAUUAAUAAUGAUACAUAUGAUGAUGGUUUAUUAAAUUUUGCUCCACUUGGUACAAUAUCAUGGGUUAAACCAAUGGUUGAACCAGCUGAUGUAUUAAUACAUAGUGUACCACAACAUAGACGUGCUAGAACAGCAGCAUGGUCAUAUCAUUUUUUUCCUGGUGAAGCAUGGGUUGAUUUAACAAUAACAUUACCAUGUGCAAUAUUAUUAAAAGAAGUUGAAUUACAACCACAUUUAUCAUCAUUAGCAACAUGUCCAUCAGCAGUUGCAUUAGAAAUAUCAAGAGAAGGUAGCUCAGAUUUAACACCAAUAUGUCCACCAAUGUUAACUGCUGGAUUAACAUUUAUACGUUUAACAUUAGCACAACCAGAAGUUGCAACAUCUGUACUUGUACGUUUGUAUAAACCACGUGAUUCAACAAAUAUUAGUUUAAGUCAAAUAAGAAUACUUGGUACAACAGCAUUUGGUGAUAUUAAAUCAAGAAAUGAACCAAUGGAUGAAGAACAAUUUUCAAAAACAAGUCUUGGUUGGUUAAGACUUGUACAUCAAUGUUUAUGUGUAUCUGAAUUAUCUAAACCAUUAACACAAAAUGUAUUAAAUUCAGCAUCAUCUGUUGAUGGUCUUAUUGAAGCAUGUUGUAGUAUGUUAUUGCUACCAGCACCAUCAUUAUUUACACCAAAUUUAGAACGUGUAUUAUUACAACUUGGUUUACAUUCACGUGAUCUUGGUUUACAAUUAAUAAGUUUAUUAUUAAAUAAUAGAUGUGCACCAUUAAUACAAGGUUUAUCAUCAUUUCAAAAAAAUUCAACAGUACAACUUGUUGUUGAAUUAUUACAACAAUUAUGCUCAUCACAAGAUUCAAAUACUGAAGCAAGAGUGUCAGCUGUAUUAACAUGGCUUCAUGCAUCAGCAAUGAAUAGUGUUGCUAGAUCAAAUCGUAUUAAUCCAAAUAUUGUUAGUCCACCAGCAAUUUAUAUACAUUGUGUAUCAACAAUAAUAUGGAAAUCACAUGAACAACAACAAAAUCGUCAAUAUAAUUUAGAAUUAUUAUUAACUGAUGAUUUAUUUAAUUCAUUAUACAAAUGGACAUUAAAACUUGAUACAUAUUCAGCAUUAAAAUUAUCAAUUGAUGCAACAUUAUGUGCAUUUUGUUAUGUACGUCCAUCAUUAUUUUUACAAUUAUUACAAUAUGUUAAGCUACAUAAUAUUAUUACAACAAAUAUUAAUAAUAAUAAUAAUACAACAACAGCAUCAAUAUCUGAUGAUGAAAAACACAAUGAAGGACAAACAGAUGAUGGUAAAAUUAUUAUUCAUGAAGCAAUGGAUAAUAGUAAAUUACUUGAAUUAACUGAAGGACAGUUAUUAACUGUUGCUGCUGCAUCACGUUCAUCAACUGGUAUACAACAAUUAAUUGAUUCUGGUCUUCCAACAAUAUUAAUUAAUGGAAUUAAUGAUUUUUGUAAAAAUGAAAAAGCACGACAACAAAAUGAUAAUACCGAUAAUGAUGAUUUACGUCAAAAUUUAAAAACUAAUUGUGGUUUAACUGAUAGUGAUAAAGCUGGUGAAACAACAGCAGCAGCAUCAUCAUCAUCCGCAGCAGCAGCAUCAUCAUCAUCUGCUAAUGAUAAUAAUGGUUAUUUAAAUAUGAAUGAUCCAGAUGGUAUUGCAACUGUACUUGAAUUUUUAACGCUCAUUUGUUCAGAAGGAAAAAUGCGUGAUUGGCUUGGUAAAGAAGGACGUAUAUUUUGGUUUCCAUUGGCAUCAUUAUUAAGCUAUAGACCAGUUGAAAAUCCAUCAAUAACAUUUGCUAGGAUAAAUGCAUCAUAUGCCAGAUUAGAAAGUGCUAUGAUAAAAUUUUUAUCAAGAUGUUGCUGGUGUCAUCCAAUUAAUCAAAAUUUAUUAUCUGAAUUAUUGACAAAUGUUAUACUUCAACAACGAGUUACACAAAAUGUUCGAUAUUUACAUGGUAUAUCUGGUUUUACACGUCGUUUAAUAUUACAAUUAUUACUUGAGGGUGAAAAAAUAUUAGUAUCUGUUACAUCUGAAGCACCAAUGCCUGUAUCAAGUACAACAGCAACACAAACUAUUCCAUCAAUGCCACCACAUCCAGCUCAUCCAUUGGGUCAUUAUCAUCAAUUACUUUAUAUAUCAACUCAAACAACUGUUGCUGAUUUAUUACAACAAGUUUCUGGUACUUGGCUCAGUUCGAUGCUACUCAAUGCAUAUAAGGAGAAUGACACAAAUACAAGUGGAUUAAAUCAUUCACGUGAACUUUGGGAAUCUGGAAUGGCACUGGUUGUUGAUGCACUGAGUGUUGCUGCUGGAAAUACAGCCAAGGAUAAACGUGCAAAGGAAGCAUCAAAUAGGUCACAGGCUCGUGGACCAAUCUUGCGAAAAUCCCGUUUAGUUUCGGAUGGUAUUGCAUCGUCAUCAAAAAGUGGAAUGAGUAGUCAAGGAAGCUCAAUGAAUUUAUUGGCUCAACAAUAUUUAACUCACUCAUCAAGACCAAAUUCAUCAUUACCACCACAAUUAACAAUAUCACAAUUACUUGCAAUUGGUGAAGACAAUGGUCUAUCAUUAUCAGAGCCAUGUUUACAUUUAGUAUUACGUCAAAGAAAUAAAGAUAAUAAUAAAGAUGAUAAUAAUAAAAAUGAUGAUAAUGAUAUUGUAUUAAAUAAUCGUCAAAUUGAAAGUGCACUUGGUGUAUUUUCAGCUGGUGGUGGUUUAGCAGUAUUAGCUAAACAUUUACCAUUAGUUUAUCCAGAUACUGGUAGAUCAACAACAUCAUUUAUUGAAAAAUCACCAUCACCAGAACAAAAUGAUGCUGAAUGGGUUAAAGUUGAAGCAACUGAAGAUAUAUAUGAAGAUUUAGAAGAGAGUGGUAUUAUUAGUUCACCAAAAACAACAACGACAACAACAACACCACCAAUACCACAUGUACCAUUACAUUCAUUAGCAGCAUUUGGUUUAUUUUUACGUCUUCCUGGUUAUGCUGAAGUUUUAUUAAAAGAUCGUAAACAAGCACAAUGUUUAUUACGUCUUGCACUUGGUGUUACUGAUGAUGGUGAAGGUGGUGAUAUACUUGGUUCAUCAUUAGCAACAUCAUUACCAACAUUACCAUUUCAAGUAUUAAAACAAUUACUUGAAACAACACCACCAACAACAGAUGAUGGACAAUUAUUACGUAAAACAAUGAUUGAAAUUGGUGCUGUAUUAUUAUUACUUAAUUGUCUUGCAAUAUUUACACAUCAAACUGGUCAUAAUGAUAUUGAUCAUCGUAAUAUUGGACAAAGUACUAGUAGUGGUAAUGGUGGUGGUGGUACAAGUGGUACUGGUGGUAAUAUUGGUGGACGUAGUGAUGAUAAAUCACAUUUAUAUUGGGCAAAAGGUACUGGUUUUGGUACUGGUUCAACUCAACAAUCAUGGAAUGUUGAACAAGCAUUAUUACGUCAAAAAUCAGAAGAAGAACAUGUUACAGUAUUACUUAAAGUUAUUGCAAGUUAUAUUGAUUUUGGUGGACAACCACAACGUGAUUUACCAACAACAUUUUCUGAGCUAAUGUCACGUUCAUGUUUAUUACCAGCAUUAUCAUCAUAUUUAAGAAAUGAUUCAGUUCUUGAUAUGGCUAGACAUAUACCACUUUAUCGUGCUAUAUUACAGUUGAUACGUUCAAUGGCAUUAUCACCACAAUUAGCACCAUUAUUAUUACCUAAAAAUAAAAAACUAAAUGAUCCAUCAAUUGUAUCAUUAUUAUUAAAUAUGAAAUUAUGUGUUGAUACAUAUGUACAUAAAAUAAAUCGUACACGUGGUAGUAAAUCAAAAAUAUUAACAAAAUAUCCAGAUGAUAAUGAACAAGAUGAAGGUUUAGCAACAUUAAUACCAGAUAUACAAGAAAGUGCAACAAUUGUACAAAAUGCAACAUCAAGAUUAAUAAUACAUGAUGAAGAUUUAGCUGGACCAAGUCCAAUAAUACAAGAUAUACCAUUAAAAACAAUUGAACAAAGAUAUCUUGAAGUUAUGAAAAAUUUACAAUUUGAUACAUAUGAAAUGAUUAUGGAAAAUUCAGAUGGUAGUGGUUAUAAAUUUUGUGUAUCAUAUCAUUUUGAAUCAAAUAUGAGAGCAGCUGGUGAUCGUAGUCAUCCAACACGUGUUAAACGUUUAGCACAAGAAACAGUAUCAUUAUCAACAGCAUUACCAUUAUCAUACAGUAGUUCAGUAUUUGUACGUUGUGAUGCUGAUAGAUUAGAUAUUAUGAAAGUAUUAAUAACUGGUCCAGCUGAAACACCAUAUGCUAAUGGUUGUUUUCAAUUUGAUGUUUAUUUUCCACCUGAUUAUCCAAAUAGUCCAAUGUUAAUUAAUCUUGAAACAACUGGAAGACAUACUGUUAGAUUUAAUCCAAAUUUAUAUAAUGAUGGUAAAGUUUGCCUCAGUGUACUAAAUACAUGGCAUGGAAGACCAGAAGAAAAAUGGAAUGCACAUACAAGUAGUUUUCUUCAGGUUUUAGUCUCAAUACAGUCACUUAUUUUGGUACCAGAGCCUUACUUUAAUGAACCUGGAUAUGAAAGAUCACGUGGCACUUCAAGUGGAGUACAAUCUAGUCAAGAGUACAAUGCAAAUGUUUGUCUGGCUACUGUCAAGUGGGCAAUGCUUGACCAAAUUUUAAAUCCUUGUCCUUGCUUUAAAGAGGUAAUUUACACGCAUUUUUGGAUAAAAAGACAUGAGAUUGUUCAACAAUUAGAAAACUGGAUAUCCGAAAUGGAAUCACAUGGAUCAGACAGACGAUCAACUCGAUCAAAUAGUUCAGUUAAUGCUUUGGCUUUGCGGAGACAUUAUAAAUCACUGCGUGAUGCAUUAAAUAAAUUGGAGACACCAGAGGGUCUUGAAGAUCUUGCUGAGCCAUUGCAAUCACCAGGUUCACCAUUAGAAAUGACAGCAUCAGCAGCAACACCAAACAGUACAAUUUCUUUAACAAGCUCAACAAUAAAUCCAACUCCAACAACAUCAACAACAUCAACAACACCAAACAGUACAACAAUAACAUCAAUCAACAAUCCAAGUGCUAGUAAUCAUGUACAUCAUGACAUUGAUACUGAUGUUGAAAUGGAAAAAAUGGUAUCAAAAGUUUGUGAAUAAAUAGUGGAUUCAUUUUGUUGAAUAUUUUAAAUAUCUAAGUGACUGUGUUAUCAUAAUAAUAAUAAUCAAGUGAUUAAUUUAAAAUAAACAAAAAUAAAACCAUAAAAAUUACAACAAAGUAAGGUAAAAUAAAAAAAUCUAUUUAAAUUAAUUAAAUUGAUAAUACAAAAUACUUGAAAAAUAUUUUUCCAAUAAUUUUCUUUUUUUUUUUUUUUAUUUUCCUUCUCAUUAUUAUCAAUGCUUAUUAUUAUUUUAAUUUUUUUUUGUUGAUAAAUAUAUUAUUUUCGACUGCUACAUGCGUGAGUGGAAUUUUCUUUAUUAUUUUUUUUUUGUUUUUUUUUCAUUUCUUUUUAUUAUGUAGUUGUAAAGUUUAUGAGAUAGCAUUAUUCGGGAUUAAGGGGGAGUAAACCUUACACAUUAAUGUUACAAAUAGUUAAAAAAAAAAUAAAUAAAUAAAUAUGUGGAAAAAGAUUAAACGUUUCUUUAAUAAACAAAUGGAAAAAAAUAAUAAUAAAACAACAGUUGUGUAGGGA